CUAAACCAGCCUGAGCCAUGACAGAUCAUUUAGAAUGUAUUCUAGUACAGUCAGGACAGGUCAGGCCACCAGUUAUCAUGUCCAUGCUCGAGGAUGAGGAGGGUGAGGAAGGCAGAGGGGUGGAGCGAGAGUCAGACAGAGACAGUGCAGUAGACAGUGCUCUGUCGUCAGAGAUAUCGGAUGGAGGGAGAACUGGAGAAAAAGAGGAAGGGAUUGGGCUUUGCCUUCCAGGAGAAACGUGUGGUCAGAUGUAUAAUCGCUCCGAGACUUCUGAUAAUUCUACACGUUCAUCUGCCUCAUUAAAUGAGGAGCAGUUUGAGGACUAUGGAGAAGGAGAGGAUGGAGACUACACUCCAAGCAGCCCCUGUCCAGACGAUGAGAUCCGCUUUAAUGGAUGUUCAGAUCUGGGCUCUUCUGUUUCCUCCAGUGCUGGUCAGAGUCCUCGGAAGGUGCGCCAUGCUGGUAACCAGAUGGAUGUGUUUUGCUCUCAGUGUUGUAAAAGGGUCAGUCUGCUCAAUGACCUGGAGAACAGGCUGAAAAAUCUCAAAACCAACAGGCAGCUGCUCCACAACAGUAACCUCAGCAGUAUUAACGGCAGCACAGAGGAUUUGUUCCAUGACAGCAUUGACUCCUGUGAAAUAGACAUUACUGAGAAGGUGAGUUACUUGAACAAGAAAGUGACAGAGCUGGAAAAUGAGAUUCUGAUGAAUGGGGAUGUCAAGUCGAAGCUGAAACAGGAAAAUAUACAGUUGGUUCACAGGAUUCACGAGUUGGAGGAGCAGCUAAAAGACCAGGAGGCCAGAGCGGAGAACGUGAUGGAAGAGGAGCUCAGGAGACACAGAGAGGCCUACAGCCGACUGGAGAAAGACAAAAACACACAGAUAGAGCUGCUCACAAAUCGAGUAUACCAGCUAGAGGAGGAAAAUGGAGAGAUGGCAAUAAACAUGAACAGACUGAAAGCUCAGACAGAGAAACUGGAUGAGGAGAGACAGUGGAUGACAGAUAAGCUAGAGGAUACAAGCCUGCGGUUGAAGGAUGAGAUGGAUGUGUACAAGAAGAUGAUGGACAAGCUACGACAGAACAGAAAUGACUUUCAGAGAGAAAGAGAUACCAUGCAGGAGCUAAUUGAGGACCUUCGGCGAGAACUGGAGCACCUCCAAAUAUACAAGCUGGAGGCAGAAAGAAUGGGGCAUGGCCGCAGAUCUUCCAUUAGCCUAUCAGAAUACAGCACUCGAACACGUGAGAGUGAGCUGGAACAGGAGGUCAAGAGACUAAAACAGGAGAACCAGAAACUGAGGGAACAGAAUGAAGAUCUAAAUGGUCAGCUUCUCAGUCUGAGCCUCCAUGAGGCCAAAACCCUGUUUGCCACACAGACAAAAGCGCAGUCUCUGGCCAUGGAGAUUGAUCAUGCCUCCCGUGACCAGAGCCAGUACUUGCUUUACCACAGUGAAAACUGGACCACAGUGAACGGCCGCCGCAAGAGCAUCAUCUUCAUUCGCCAUCGUAUCACUAAUUACGAGCAAUAG